AUGUUCAGCUUCGCCAACAAAAUGCUGAACGCCCUCGUGGGCAACGAGGAGCCCACGUCAGGCACAGCGACUGGCACCAGUGUGCCAGGAGUGGCCCGCCCUCAAGGCCCAGGCCUCCCAAGGAUGGGGGCGCCUGGCGGACCUCGUGCACCAAUGCCUGUGCUCCGGGCGCCUCAGGUGGUUCGGUCGGGCCAGGUGGCCCCAUGGCCCCAGGCGGUGCGAUGGGGCCCGGGACGGCGAUGGGCCCGAUGGGGCCCGGGACGGCGAUGGGGCCCGGGACAGCGAUGGGGCCCGGGACGGCGAUGGGGCCGGGCGGGAUGGGGCGGCGGGCCGGGCGGGCCGGGCGGGCCGGGCGGGCCCGUGGGUUCGAUGGGUCCGGGCGGAGCGGGGAUGCCCGGGGGGCCGCCCGGACCCAACGUCGGCGGAGGACCCAUGGGGCUCAACGGCCCCGGCGGCCCCGGCAUGAACCGGCCGCCGGGGCCAGGCAUGGGACCAAGACCCCCGGGCCCCCCCGGUAUGCCCGGACCAAUGGGACCAAGGGGCCCGCGACCCGGAAUACGAGGAAUGCCGCCGGGCAUGGGCCCAGGAGGGCCCCCCCGCGGCAUGCCCCCCGGCGGCCCUCGCGGCAUGCCCCCGGGGAUGGGGCCCCUCGGACCACGUGGAUUACAGAUGAACGGCAUGGGGGUCCCCCGAGGACCGCGGCCCGGGAUGAUGGGCCCCGGCGGGACCCGCGGACAGGCGCCAGGACCUGCUGGCCCGGGAGGAACCAGCUCGCCGGCCCACAUGGGUAAGUCGCUCGAGGGCGGCCCGCGCCCACGCCCUCGGGUCACGGCGGCCGCGCCCGUGGCUCCCGACGGGUUCAGGUGGAUAGCUCUCGGCAGGGAGGCCCUUAGGUCGCUCUCCCUCAGGGAAGCCUUGUCCGGGGGGUUUGUUUACGUCCGGGAGGAAUCCCUCGGAAGCGUCAGGUUCCUCGGAGAGUGA